GGGCACGCGCCAAACGAAGAAAAACCUGCUGCUCCGGAUGAAGAGUGGGGGACCGUCAACUUCAAGGCGGUCUGGUCAGGAUUCAAGGCGGCAGGAUGGACAUCCAAGCCACCCCCGCGAGGCAUCGGCACUCUCUGGAAGUACAUUCUGCCAGGGCGCGACGCGAAUGGUGCUGAAGGCGUCGACUACUUGCUCGGAGAGCAAGCGGUGGUGAACCACGCUGUUCAGCGUAAGUGUUAUGAUCGAUUCGAUUCAUCGGCAUCCGACAGCAUCGACGAAGAUGACGAAGAGCUGUUUGCGAAGGAAGAGCGCCACUUUGCAGACAAGUUUCUUGAGUCGUUGGGAGGCGAGGAGAAGGUGCUCGCCGGAGAUUUGAUCGGCCCUGCACUAAAAGAUCUCUCUACGACUGGGUGGGACGAACCGGAGACUCCUGACGUCGCGGCGUAUCUGGAGACGCCGUAUCAGCCUGUCGCUGAUAACGAUGAGUAUCCUGAGCUCUGGCAAGGUCGAAAUGGACCCCGGAAAGAAGCUAUCAAGCGUGGAGCGUCUCCCAGCUCCCUCUUCUUCCUGUUCAUGCCCGUAGCCAUGUGGCAACACAUUGCAGAGUGCAGCAACUUCUACAUGCACGAGCAGCUCGACAAUCGCGUCGACUCAUACUUCAAAAGGAAAGAGCAAAAAGACCGAAAAGACAAAGCGGCUGGUCGAGCGGCUUCAACGGCGAAGACCAAGACACGGCGAGAUGUGCGACAAGACUUUCUGUCGGUCAAGCCUGUCAUGCCGCACGAGCUGUGCGUGUAUAUUGGCCUGCUAAUUGCCCGCGCGAUCAUGCCAAACCGAGAGAAGCUCGUAAACCACUGGCGCCAAGAUGAU